GCGGUUCGAAACAUCCGGAAACGAUUCCAUUCGGUAUCAUAAAUAAGAUUCGAAUAUCUUUGAGUUUACGAUCUGAAGGUGCCCUCUAUUGAGCCCAUUGUAGUUGUAACUUGAUAUAUGCACUGUUUUUUUCUCGUGAAAAUUCGCCUCGCUGCACAUGCGCAAUGAAAUUCUCCAUCGUUUCACCAUCGAGAUCUAAGCAAACUUCACCGUGAAACGAAACGAUGAUAUAUCGAACGAAACAUUCUAUCGAGAUUGAACGAAUUAAUCGUAAAAAUAAUCGCGUAAAGUAUUAAUUUUUUCGAUCGAAGGAUUGGAAACGAAGCGGAUUGAGCGUGAAAAAUUAACGAGAGAAAAAAAUAAAAGAGAUUUCUCGAAAGUCUUUACCGACCGCGCACAACAUGGCGAGGGUGGCGCCUUCGGCAAGGUCUGCCUAUGAAUCGCAACCCUCGAGAGAGACCAGUGGUGGAGGAUUGACACACGGUGGGGUGGCGAAACGAGAAACUCUCUUUCCGUGAAAGUGUCGGGGUGUAUUGGCGCUGUCAUAUGGAGGCAAACGAGGCGCCGUGUUAGGCACUCUGGCCUGCACGGACGCCUUGCUGUGUGCGUUACGUCGUGAAAAAGUGUUGGAAGAAAAAAAAAGAAAAAAAAAAAGCGAACUGUGUAAACUAAGUUUUAUUAAUUUGGUCAAUAAGUGUUGAUUGAAUGUGUUAAAAAUGGCGGCCAGUAAACCUCCGGAAAUGAAUUACACGUGCGAAAUUUGCGGUCUAGAAGGUUUCAACGAUGAAGAGAUGAGAUCUCAUAUGGUUUUCUAUCAUCUUCAAGGAGCCGCAAAUUGCCCCUUUUGCGAUUUAGGCGAAAUUUCACCAACAGAGAUGUUGACACAUGUUAAUAGUGCUCAUCUCGAUUAUUUAACACCUAGUACUCCAGAGAGUGAUAUGAUGGCAUUUAUUGAUGAUGAUUCAUUAGUGGAUGAUAGAAGACAUGACGAAUGUCGUGGUCCAUGUCCUUCUCCAACCAUGUCUCCAAGUCCUCCACUUCUUCAAAAUGGUUGGAGUAGUUCGUUUAGUCCUCGUGCUAAGCAGCAGCAAGAAAUAUUAAAAUCAGAGCCACAAAUUCCUGGUUCUAAUAUGAAUAAUAAUAACAACAACAAUAACAUUGGAAAUGUUAAUAAUGUUAUAGAAGGUGCAGCUGGACAUGGAUCUCCACUGCGUUCAGGCCUAAAUUUACAACUGCGUUCUCAUGCUUCACCAAAACUUCCAGUUCAAGAAUGUCCUAUGUGUCCCUACAGUUCUGAUAAUCCAUCAAGGCUAGAAGAGCAUAUCAACAGACAACAUUUUGAUCUUACUUCGCCGUCCUUUCCACCUGAAUCUCCACCAUCUCGUGAUGGUGUCUUUAACUGCCCUUUAUGCAUCACGUCUUUUCCAAAUUCUUCUGAUCUUGAAUUACACGUUAAUAUAGAGCAUAAAGAUAUUUUAAGUCCUGCAAAUGGUGCAGCUUCCCAAACGGCUCAAGCGACUAUUGGUAGUGAUACACCUGCAUGUCCAGUUUGCUUUAGUACUUCGUUUAAAAGCAAUGAUGAAUUGACUGCACAUAUUGAAGAACAUUUCAGUAAAAAGUGCACUCCAUCCCCUAUAACUCCAGAUUUAUCUACUGAUAGAAUGUUAGCAAAAGAUAUGGAAAGACUUGAAAAGGAGCUCAGAAAAUUACGCGAACAACGUGAAUUUGAAUUGUUAAGAGCUCAAUAUGGGAUGGACAAUCAAGGAAAUUUUAGGGAACAAAGUGUUACCAAUAUGCAGCGGGCUGUAUAUUCAGGGGAAAUGACGAUUGCUGAUUAUUACGAAAGACAAACUGAACUCAGAGUAGCUGAAAGCAGCGGUAUCGAUGAUGGCAGCUCCUGUACACGCGGUAAUAAUUUUUUUUUAAAAAAAUAUUCUUUCAGUCAAGCAUGUAGUAAUGUAUUAAGCACCUGGAUGUGUUCUACUGUAGAUCAUUAUGCUACCACUUAUGGAGACAAAGGAUGGGGAUGUGGUUACAGAAAUUUACAAAUGUUAAUUUCAUCACUUUUACAACAUACAGGGUAUAAUGAGUUAGUUUAUAAAGCAUGGAAUUCUGGUUUGGAUAGUGGUAGUUCUACCAAGAAUCCAUUACGAAGUUCAAUACCGUCGAUCUCUAGACUUCAGAAAAUGAUAGAGUGGGCUUGGGCUCAAGGUUUUGAUACCCAAGGAGCAGAACAAUUGGGAGGAAAAUUGGUGAAUACUAGAAAAUGGAUUGGUCCUACAGAAGUAGUCAUAUUAUUAUCUAGUUUGAGAAUAAAAUGUCAGUUAAUAGAUUUUUAUACACCAACUAAUUCUGAUGGUGGACAUCCUGAAAUGUUUAAUUGGGUUUUACAAUACUUCCAACGUUGUGAUGAUUUUAAACCACCUCUUUAUUUACAGCAUCAAGGUCAUAGUAGAACAAUAAUAGGAGUAGAACAAUUAAGAGAUGGUUCAAUAACAAUGUUAGUACUCGAUCCAAGCCAUAGCCCAGCACAAAUGGCACAAUUUAACAAUACAAGUAGUGCACUCGGUGCAAUGCGUUUGGUGCGAAAAUCGAUUGCAGCGAUGAAAGCAAGACAGUAUCAAGUUGUUGCUGUUACCGGUAUCAUGGAAACUGACUUAGAAUAUCAUGAAAGCAAAGUGUUACGUUUAAUUCGUGUACCACAAGAUAGGUGAGACUUACUGGCUCGAAAAGAAAUUAAAUCUUUUGGAAAGACGAUAGACUGCCUGAAACCAAUUUUGUCCGGCAUCCUUAAAGUUACAUGACCGCAAUGUUCUAGGUUUUAUUAAUAGGGGAUUUGCUCCACCAUAGUAGUUGCAAAAAUAUUAUUUAACAAUAUAUUCUUGCAUAUUUUCGCCGUCGUAUGUCGGUUUCUCAAAUCACGUGUAUUUAAGCCUGCGUCGCGGUUCAGAAUUUUGGAGUUAAAAUCGAUGAACUUAUAAAUUUACAAUUUUUAAAAAAAAAAUCUGUAUAUUGCGAAAAUUAAUUUUUUUUAUCAGCAUUAAAAAUAUUGUACUUUGAUGUGUGCUUGAGAAAAAAUUAUAAUCAGGAUGUAUGUUCAAAGAUAAAAUCGAUUGAAAUUUUUUGGUCUAAAUAAUGUUCUGCUCAAUUUUCGUCGCACCGAACAGGUUGUGCUAAUUUUUAAUUGAUCAAUCGACUUAUGCCGAUCGGUUGCAUCAGCGAAAAAAGCCAUGGCAGAGCUUGAAAAAUGAGACUCUUUCGUAGCUGUGAUGCUGUUAACAAUUUAAUGCUAAUCACCGAUUCUUAAUAUUUUUGAAGACACUCCAUAUGAUCAUUAAAAAAAGCAUUGUCCAUGUUUUAACUUCUUUCACUUGUAUUUUACAUUUUUAAUAAACAUUAUUGUCACAAUAUUGUCAAUUUUUAGUCA